UAAACUAUUGACUCAAUCAGGGGGCAGUUGAUGCCCAAAUGGACUUCCCACUUGGAAGCUUGAACUUCACCAAUCUGGUUGGGGUCCUGGUGAUUCUUGCUCUGUCGUUCCGGGUGUUAUGGAGAUCAAUAUCAUCAUCAAGCAUGCUCAAAACACCACCGGAAGCUGCAGGUGGGUGGCCCGUGAUAGGCCACUUGCCGGUUCUAGCGAAAUCCAUGCUUCCUCACAAGACCUUAGCGUCCAUGGCCGACGAGUUCGGACCCAUCUUCGCCCUCAGGCUCGGGUCGUUCCCGGCCGUGGUGGUGAGCAGCUCCGAGAUAGCCAAAGAAUGCUUCACCAAGCACGACGUCGCCCUCUCCUCUCGCUCGCGGCUUCUGUUCUUCGAAAUUCUGGGUUAUGACUAUGCCUUGUUCGCGUUCGCUCCCUACGGUCCGUACUGGCGGGAGGCGAGGAAAAUGGCCACCUUGGAGCUGCUCUCUAACCGGAGGAUCAGGUCGCUGCUCAACCCGGUACUUGCCUCUGCGACAGAUCCCGCCAUUAAAGAGUUGCACAGGCUUUGGAGUGAGAAGAAGGAUGCUUCAGGCCAUAUCUCAGUAGACUUGAAGCAAUGGUUUGCGAAGCUGACCCUGAAUGUGAUCCUUAACGUUGUAGCCGGCACGGGCCGCUACAGCAGCACCGCCCCGAUGGACGAGGAAGAAGAGAGGCGGUGCCACAACGCGGUGAGGCAGUUCUUCCGUUUGAUGGGGAUGUUCACAGUGGCGGAUGCUCUUCCUUUCUUGCGGUGGCUCGACUUGGGUGGGCAUGAGAGAGCCAUGAAGAGGACUAUGGAAGAAUUGGACACGAUCCUAAGUAAUUGGUUAGAGGAACACAGAAGGAAGAAGGAGGUCGACUUGGACAAGUCUCGGGGUGAUCAAGACUUCAUGGAUGUCAUGCUUUCAACUCUUGACGGCACGGAAAUCGCAGGUUAUGAUGCUGAUACAAUUGCCAAAGCCACAUGCUUGGCAAUGAUAGCCGGAGGCAGCGACACAACUAUGGCUACCCUAACAUGGGCGAUCUCUCUGUUGUUGAACAACCUCCACAUCCUUCAAAAAGUUCAGGAAGAACUGGACAAUCACAUCGGCAAGCAAAGACAUCCGAUCGAAUCGGACAUCGCGAACUUGGCCUUCCUCCAAGCUAUAGUAAAGGAGACCCUCCGCCUGUACCCGGCAUCCCCUCUGCUUGGACGCGAACCCACUGAGGACUGCGUUAUCGGUGAGUACCAUGUGCGCAAAGGCACAAGGAUGAUAUUCAACCUAUGGAAAAUCCAGACCGAUCCCAGACUGUGGCCCGACCCUUUGAAGUUUCGGCCGGAGAGGUUUCUGAGCAGUCAUGAGGAUCUUGAUGCGAAGGACCAUAAUUUUGAGCUCUUACCAUUUGGAGGGGGUAGAAGAAUGUGUGCUGGAAUGUCGUUCGCGCUCCAGUCGCUGCAUUUUAUCUUGGCUAGGUUCUUGCAUGCGUUCGACAUAUCUACUCCCGGCGAAUCCUCGGUGGACAUGUCCGAGGAUUUCGGAGCCACCAUAAAAAGGGCAAGGCCACUUGAAGUUAUGCUCGCGCCAAGAUUGCCUCGUGAGCUGUACUAAUCUAUCUAGAGCGUCAGACGAUGAAGAUUCCAACGUUAGAAGAAGCUAAAUUGUAAGCAGCAGCCGAACGAAUAUGUAUGGGCUUUCCGUAUUCGACAAAGAAAAGUCAAACGCAUUCACGCUA